AUUUACUGUUAUAACAAGCAAUUAUAACAAAGUCAUUUAUUAGCACACAAUGGAAGAAAAUCCGGUUACGCAGCUUGUGAGAAGUGCACCGUCAUUGGAGAAUACAAUAACCACAGGAUUACUUUCAUAGACCUUAAUCAACCUCUCCAUACAGAUGAAUCUUUCAGAAAUCGCGAGCAACCUCAACAUCACGAAGGAACGUCACCACUUGAAAGAUUAGGAACUGGGCUUGUAUCGCAAUUUCGUCUUGAUCCAAUGCACCUUCUAUAUAUUGUUUGUUGUAUUAAAAUUUUUGCCAACAAAUAAGGAUCCAGAUACAUAUUUUGAUGUUGGUUUAAGAAAGUGGAUUUGCACAGAUCUUGAUGAUGAAAUGUGCGGAAAAACAUAUUGGCCCCCUAAUUCAAACUCUGUAACACAACUAGUAAAAACCGAAGAAUCUUUUAAAACUAAUUGGCCAAAACACGAUGUGGAAGUGAAGAGAUUUUACAAUACUUAUCCAAAAGCCCGUGCAGCUAUUUCUGGAUUCCUUGCUGAUUCUAAUUAUGAAACUGAGAUAGAGCAAUACAUGGGUCGAGGGAAAAGGAGGAAAAAGAGUCGACAAAUUACAUCAUCAGACAGUGAUUCUAAUUCUAAUGUCUCAUUAAAAUUAACGACGAAAAUUAUUCCUGCUCCUCCUCCUGUGUUUCUCAAGAAAGCUUUCUCCAACACUCAACACUGUGAUAGUGAUUCAAAUUCCAAUACUUCUUCAAAACUGAUGAAGAGGAAUGUUUCUGCUUCCUCUACUAUUAAGUUAAGUGAGGUUGAAAAACUUCAAGAAGAAAAGUUUGAAGAAACAAACGUAAAUAAAAGGGUAAAAACAAAAAGACCAUUCUCUAAACAUUCUAACGUGAACUUGACAGGAAAAGAAAUUCAAAUAGCAAAAGAAAUUGCGGCCUCGAAAAUGAAAAGGCCAGAAUUAUUAACCUCAUUAAGCAAGACUAUAAAAAGUCCAUUAAAACCUGUGUCAUCAUCUGUGUCAAUAUCUUCUCCAACUUCUUUCAAUUCACUGUUUACAAAUAGUCCUGCUAAUUCUGAUACAAGUGUUGUUCAAGAAGAAGAAAAUCUUUUUUCAAAUGUACAAUCACCGAUGCAAAAUACAAUACCUGAAGACAAUUUGUUUAUUCAUUCAACUUCAACGCAAGAUUCUAUGACAACCGAUAAUUUUAAUCGUAAUUCUAAGAACAUCAGCAGUGACUCAAACUGCGAACAUUCAUCAAAAUUAUCUAAUUCAAGCACCUCCCAUCGUACGUACGGACGAAUAACAUUUAAAGAGCAAUUGCAUAAUAAGAACAAAGAGGAGACAUUAAGCUUAUUCAAAACGAAACUUGACAGAACACUUGUUAUAGUAGAAGAAGUUUCUGGAAAGCUAGAUAUUCUCAACAUGAACAUGAGCAAGCUCAUGAGAGUUAUAAUACCUUCAGAAAAGAGAAUUUCGCGUCCUGAAAAAAUGCCAGCAUUACCGCUUAACACAAAACAAGAUUUAGAAGAAUUUAACAAAUUCUUGGAAGCGGAUCAUAAUUUAGCUGCUGCUUGUCAUUACAUGUCUAAUUAUAUGAAGUUAAGCGUGAAGAAUCCCGAAAGGAAAAGCGCAACAAAUAUGCUAACAAAAUUACUCUCUAAUACACUGGCAAGUGAAAUAAAUUGUGACGGAGGUAAUGGGAAAAUUGCUUUCAAAUCGCUUAAACUUUAUGAUUUGUUUCAAGGAACUCUUCAAAUAGCUUUUUCGAAUAGUGAUCUUACUGAAGCAAAUGCAGCUUUGGCUGGGUGGUUAAAAGAUGCAAAAUGGCGCAAGCAGUGUGACGGCAGUUUGGGAAAUAGGAAGAAAAAAUCUUAAAAUUACGACUGAACAAGAGUAGUGUUUCUAUAAAUAAUAUAUCAAAUGUUUAAUUACUUAUAUAUGGGUUCAUGAAUAUAUCAACUUUUCUUGCAUAAGCAUUUUGCACAGAACAGUAUGGGAUUAUUUGUGCUUUGAUAAGAUUAUUUUUAUACUUUAAAGAAAAUGUGAUUGUUAUUUUAUGGCAGAGUCUUUGAUAAGAUUACGUUUUAUACAACUCUUUAAAGAAAAUGUGAUUAUUUUAUUUAAA